AUGCUCAACAGGCAUGGCUCACGAAAAGAUGAAGCUUCGAAUGAAGAUGUCAUGAUCCCUAUCGCCGUGGAUGGCGCUGUCGAAGUUCCUGCUCAGAGUGUACCUCUUCAAAACGACCCAAGACACCCGCCAGUACCCGAUGCCGACGGUAUUGAACAUCGCUACUUGACGUUUGAAACAGACAUCCCACUGAACCCGGUACUACCGUCUGGAGUGAAGCAUGAGCUCCCGCCCUGUCCAAAUCUGCGCGACUACGACAAUCCUUUUACCUGGUCACUGACCCGGAAGAAGCUCAUGACCUACCUUUCUUGUUCAGUAAACAUCACAGCCGCCUACUCCGCCGGUUCUUAUGCAUCGCCGACAGCUCAGCUGACCGAAAAGUGGGGGAUCUCUGCUGUGGCAUACAAGACCGGAAUUACGAUCUUUACCGCCGGGUUUGGAGUGGCUCCAAUGGUGCUGGCACCAUUCUCGGAGAUAAAUGGAAGGAGACCUGUCUUCAUAUUUACUGGUAUUCUCUUCGUCAUAUGUCAGAUUGGCUGUGCAGUGACCGAUUCAUUCGCGGGGAUGCUACUGGCUCGAUUCUUCCUCGGCGUUGGAGGGUCCACCUUUUCCACCAUGGUCGGCGGCAUUCUCGCAGACGUUUGGGUGACAGCUGACCGCAAUGGGCCUAUGGUCCUUUUCACCGGAGCAACCUUGUUUGGUACCGGUCUAGGGCCUCUCGUGUCCGGUUUCGUUGCACAACGCACCUCAUGGCGUUGGGUGUUCUGGAUACAGGUCAUCACCAGUGGCACCUUGGUCAGUCUUGUCACCUGUUUCUUCAAGGAAACGCGCGGUAGUAUCAUUCUCAGUCGCAAGGCAAAGAUCCUGAACAAAUGGUAUGAGCAACUGGAAGCCGCAGGAGCACUCGGAAUGGAAGUGGAGGGUGGUAGCAUCGAUCCGGAAAAGAACGCAAAGAGGUAUUGCCGGAUCCGGUGGAAGGUAAAAGCAGAUGAAGAUAGAUUGUCGCUCGGCAGGAUGAUCGCGGUCUCGCUUUAUCGACCUAUUCACAUGCUGUUCACGGAACCUGUGGUCUUUUGGUUCAGCCUCUGGAUUGCCUUUUCAUGGGCAGUGCUGUACCUGCAAUUCGGGUCAAUCCCUCUAGUCUUUGAAGUCAAUCACGGCUUCAACCUAGAACAAACCGGAGCAGUAUUUACAGCCAUGUGCAUCGGAGCCAUCAUUUCCACAGUCCUCAGCAUCUGGCAGGAGAAAUGGGCUGCAAAGCACUACCCGGUCAAGAUCAACGGCAGCCCAGAGGGCAGGCUGAUGUUCACAUGCAUCGAGUCAGCCUUCAUGCCAAUUGGCUUAUUCUGGUUCGGCUGGACAUGUUACUCCUCCAUCCAUUGGAUUGUGCCUACAAUUGCCGUCGGGGUCGCGACAAUGGGCAUCUUCAGCAUCUUCCUCGGAACCUUCAACUACACAGCGGACUGCUAUCAUAUGUAUGCAAGCUCGGCUCUUGCAGCUUCAGGAGUUUGCCGAAACCUGCUGGGCGGAUCGUUCCCACUGGUAACGAAUCAGCUAUUUACGAACCUUGGUUUCCAGGCUGCGAGCAGCCUUUUGGGGGCCAUCGGGCUCGCAUUGACGCUUGUGCCUUGGGUGCUUGUCCUUUAUGGACCAAAGAUCAGGGCCAGGAGCAAGAUUGCGAGUUCGUUCACAUGA